CACAUUUACCUCGUACUCGGCAAAGGUCAUCUCUCCCAGACCGCCACCAGCCACAACCGUAAUAGACGUGGAACACAUUCGGUGCUAUAGAAUGAGGAUUGGAACUCUCGUCACAUGUAAACAGAGAUAAUUUCUUAGGUUGCUACUGAUCACAGAGGCGGAGAAAGCUAGCUGGGUCUGAUACGUGCUAAAACGGAUUGAGCGGUGAAAGGAGGCAAACAAGUGGAUUCUUAUCUAUGCCGUUCUCGGCUGCUGCUCGUUUGUUCAUGGAGAACGAUGGAACGAAGACAGCUACAUGCAACCGAAUUUGAGGAUUAGUCGUGAGUCUUGAUUAGACUGUAGCUUGCUGAAGUGAUCAAGGAUGGUGAUCGAGCUUACUCUGUCUUCUAUCAGGGGAGGCACUUCCAGAGACUCGCCAUCAGAUGUUCUUUUGAUCUGAAUCCCGUUGUUAAAUUUUGACGUUCGAGCUUCUCUCCUUCUCUAGCUUCUUGCAUACUCUUGUCUAAUAAGCUCUCACAGACUCUUCGUGACGAGAUCUGAUGCUGGGGCACGAAUUCUGGAACGUGUACGCAGCUAUAUCUUCAUCAUUGACAGCAGAUCGAGACAGGAAGUGGGACUCAGUCGCUGAAGUCCCUCUUGCUCCGCCUGAUAGAUCUUCAGUUGGACUUGGAGGGGCACCAAUCAAAUACAAGUCCAAAAGAAGAAAACGUGACGUGAAGAGAGCAGAUUUUCCGAAUGCCUUUCUCGAUCUAUAAUCUUCUUCAAGACUUUACUGCCAUGUUUUGGUCUAUGAGUUCAGAGUUCUCUACUUGAUAGAAUUUGGCUUUUAAGAACUAGUAGAGAUGUCUCAUGAGCACAUUGAUUCACAUUGAUCUUUGCGCUUGGGGCAAUUACGCAGUUAGUGAGGUGAAAACCGAGAUGCCUCAAUUGCUGGUUGAAAACUUUUUCCACAAUAUUUCCACACUUUUAUCAUAUCUGUUGACAAUUUUAGCACACCCUCAUCGAGACGUCUGGUAUCUGAAGAGAUCAUUCUGAUCUCCUAGAGCCCAUCCAAGAGAGGUCGUUCUUGUGCACAUGUACUUCAGAAAUUAAGACCAACGGCGAACUAUGAAGAUUUGCUACGUUAAAGAACAACCAUUCAAACCACUGACCAUAAAUUUAUCGACUCUAGGUGUUAAGAUUCUUCGUGGAUAUCAAAAUUUUUAUUUCUGAGACUUGUACUCUUUGAUACCUAAAAGUCCACA